UAAAAUGUAAGAAGGUCCACUGACAGUGGUUGAUUCAGCAGUGGGCUGUGAAACAGGGGUUGGGGGGAUUAAGCAAAUACACUCGAGCUGGCAAUAGAUGAAGGAAACUGUCUUGAAGUUAUGACUUCUUGACCAUCCUCAUCAGCUUAUAGCCACAAAGCCAGCCAACACCAUGAACAAGCGCCAGAAGUCUGCACUACGCAGUGCCUAUCGUCAGUUGGCCGAUGAACUGAUUCUAGAUGAAGACUUCUUUGCUGCUCUCAAACAGAACAAGAUAUUCACAGAUGGUAUGCUGGGCAUCAUCAAGGGGGAGAGGACACCACGUGAUAAGGUGUACAAAAUGUUGGAACUGCUGGAGAAGCGUGGACCACGAGCAUUUGACAAAUUUGUAGCCAUCCUGAAGGAGAAUUAUGACUGGCUUGCGGCAAAGCUGGAGGAGGAGUUUCAAAUGAGAAUACAGUCAAAUGAACUACAAAAUCCAGUGCAUCAUGUCUCCAACCCCAUACCUCCCCUCCGCAGUAUCCAGUAUGAGCCCCAGCAUACAGCCCACUUCUUUUCAGACAACAGUCCCAGACCUGACACAUUUAGGCAGACAUCCGUACCCCAGGGAGCUUCCCCAAGAUUCCAUGGACUGUGUCCAUAUUAUGUUCAGAUUCCUUUAUCUGCCCACUACCAAGAAGACAACCAAAAAAGAUUCUUCCAAUAUCCUAAUCAACCACACAAUGCCUUCCCAACCCAUCCACAGACUGGCUUAGACAACACAGACCUCCCUGGUAAAACUGCUGAAAAUGUUGAACCAGUCUGUGAACAAGAGACAAGCAUAACUGAAGAGGGAAAAAUUCCAAAAGGAAAAUCCAAAGAUGCUUGCAAUAGUCCAAUUGGAGUUAUAGAAUUGCCAAGAGAACAACGAAAAGCAGAGAAAGAUGGAAGUACUGCAGGGGAUGAAGCAAAAGAUCAAGGUUUUAAAGAGGUCAGAAGCCAAACUAAUGGGGAAGGCAGUAUGGGACUACAGCUUGAAGAAGACACAGACUCUGAAAACAAUGACAAGCAUGAUGGACCUACAAAUAACAGCCAAGGACCCAAUGAUAGAAGUCAAACCAAACCAGAGGACACUGCACUAGGAAAUGUGAAGUUUGAUGAUGAAUCUGAUGAUGAUUUUCCUUCAAGUGAAGUCUUUUAUGAGACAGUUAGAAGAGCCAGCUCUAGUCUUUCCUAUUUCACCAAUGAUAUUCAAAAAGCAGUAGAAGAAAGGAGAAAAUAUGGAGUUCAAUUUGAAAUGCAGGCAUACCAUGAAACAGAUGAGUUAGAAAAUACGAUCACUAGAUCAGAGAGUUUGUUCAGUCGGAAUUCAGAUAACCAAGAAAAUCUUGACAGAAUGAAGGCGCUGUACCUUAAGCUUGCAGCUGCAAAUGUAGGAUCUGAUCACAUUGAAGAGGAUAGUGCAAAUUUCAUAACCUGGGAUAUACUUGAAGAUGAAGUUGACAGACUGAUUGGAAAACUUUUCGAAUCUGACGACUACAAGCUAAUAAAAGAAUGCAUUGAACUGUUUCCUGAGAAAGAAAAACGACAGCCAUUGAACAUCUGCCUAAAGAAUCUACUUGAAGAAAAGGAAAAUAUACAAGAGGAGCUGAUUACAAAGACCAAAGAAAUAGACAAAAUGGUUGAAGAUAUGUGGAAUCACCAAAAAGAAAUGAAAAAUAUUGAAAAACUGAAAAAUUUAAAAGACACCCUGCCUAAAGAGAUCAAACAACUGAAAACAACAAAUCAAGAAAUAACUGAUGCUCUGAAUGAACAAAGAUUCAUAGUUGACCAAAGGGAUCAGAAAAUUCAGGAACUUGAGGGUAAGAUAAGGCAAUUUGAAGAGAAAUCGGCACAACAAAGCACAAGGAGGGGUGGCUUUGUUUCCUCCAACAGACGGUCCGCUAUGACAAUGUCCCAGGCAUCCAGAAGAGUGCCUAUGGAGCCCAGGAUAGCUGGAUUCACUGGUGCUAGGAAAACAUACAACACUACAAAAAGAUAAAACACAAAUUAAUCAUUGUGUCUAUUAACAGUUACGGAAAUGGAAAGACAAGCAGAUAUAGUUUUGCGAACUAGUUGAGAUGUAAACAUUUAUUUUUUAAUUAUUCAAACAAUGGCUCUCAACCAUUGAACUUUAUAUGUUUUAUGAUUUAAACUGUAGUUUAGCUCAUUUGAAUGUCACAGACUUGUUCAUCUCUGAACUGUUCUAUCCAUACUUAAUGUGAUCUCCUCAUGCUUUCAGCUGUAGUUUGUUUUAUUUGAAUGUCACAGAUAUAUUCAUUUCUGAACAAUUACCAUACCAGAUUAACUUUUGUUUCUUGUAUUCACACUUUCAUUGGUGCUCAAGUUGUUACU